AUGCUUCUUGCUACUAACUGUCUUGCUCCCUUUGUCAAAGUUCAAGACCAGAAGUUCGGUAUCAUAAAGGGUACAAUGACAACUACUCACUCAUACACUGGUGACCAGAGGUUACUAGAUGCUAGCCACCGUGAUCUAAGGAGAGCAAGAGCAGUUGCUUUAAACAUUGUUCCCACAUCUACAUGA